UUGCCAUGGCUUGGUCGUCGUCUUCUCAGUACGUGCACAGGGAAAAGAUUUAACGGAGGGCUGCUUUACAGAGGCAAAACGAGAUCUGAUUGCGAGAAGCUGAGGCUUGUCACUCUCAAACUGGAAAUGAGCUGCACAUUUCACUGAGUUAACCAGUGGAACAGUUCAUCUUGGGAUGGGUUGGAUGGGAUUGCCUGAAACCUUUGGGAUUUAAGUUAUUUCUGCAAUAGAGAUGCCUUAGUUUUACUGCAAAGACAUAACAGUGACAGGAUUUUCUCGAUGCUGCUGCUAGUUUUGAGUUAUGCACAGAAUGAGACCUGAUGUUUGUGAGUAGCCAGCUCUAGUCUUAAUGGUUUCAGGUCCCUACUUAAAAAUGCGAGAUGAUUCCAGUUGCCGUAAGCUAACUGUCUUCUCUCUCCUUUUGAGGUGUCACGGGUUGUUUUUCCAGUAACUUGGAUCUUUUGAAGCACUUCCUUGCCUAAUGCCAUGAAUAUUGCAGCGAACAAUGUGGAAGAAAAAGCUGUCCAUUCCUGGUCGAGAAUUUCCUCUGCGGGACAGAAAGUGCUGGAGGAAGCUCUCCGAGUCUUCAACCCAAUGUCUAAGGACCUUUCAGACACGGAGACCCAGCUGGUGGCCUUUAUUCAGAGCCUCAAGGAGGAAGGCUACCAGCCCACAAUUCUAAGGAGUAAAGAUGUGUACGGUUACAGUUCCUGUACAGCGGACACCCCGAACCAAACAAAAGGGAGCGCACAGCGUGUUGCCACCGCCACGUCCGAGCCUGCUAAAACUCCAGCUAGAAGCACUGCAGCUGUCACAAAGGUGCCUGCUUCAGCCACGGGCGUUUCGGUGGCCUCCUCCAAGGUCUCUGCUAAACCUGCCCCUAAGGGUAGUUCCACAAACCUGCUGCUGAGCUCCCUGAAGCAGACGAGAUCUGGCACGUCCAAGGCCUCGGCAGUGGGCUUUCCUGCCGGCAUGUAUCCUGAGGUGUAUCCAGCAAUGAGACUGUCUGUGGUUCUGGAAGCUCUGGUGCCACUGAAAAGCACCGCGUCCUGCUUGGAAUCCAAGCGCAAACAGGGGCGUCUCGGAAUCUCGCCCUCGGACCUUAAACUCCUCGAGGCUUCGAGUCCGCCAAGGCAGUCUUCCUCGGGCAAGAGCACUAAAAUAAAAGAGGCGAAGGGGAAGAAGCGCUUGGUGAGGAGGAAAGCACAGGAUCCCACCGGCCUCCCGGUGAAUCUUCUGAAGGGACCAAAGGGCGGCGUGCUGCAGGAGAGCAACGCCUGCAAAGCCUCGGGCGUCCUCAACGGCAGAGUCACCGGCAGCAACGCCCAAGGCGGCACCGGAGCGCCGCGGUCCAAGGCUUUGAAAAUCAAAGCUAAGGAGGCUCCUGUGGGGAAGACGGAGUGGAAGGAGAGCGGCAGCCGCCAGGAGGCUGUCGGGCGGAAGAGGAAAGGAGCUGCAGAGGUGAGAGAAGCGCCGCGGAAGAAGAAAGCAAAUACCAUUCCUGCCCGAAAUAAACCUCAGCGGGCUCAGAGCACUUUGAAUUUGCUGAAAUUCCGGGCAAUCAAGGUGGACAAUUCUUCCGAUGACGAAGUGAGGAGGAGAGCACAGAAAAUCCUUAGGGUCAACCUGUCCCCUGUGAUCCGAAUUCAGCCCUUGUCUCAUUCUCACAGCGUCCCCUGAAUUUCUUCACUUUGUCACUUUUUUUUUUUUUUCCGUAAGUAUGAGCCAAGCGCCAGAGUGUGGAGAAGUUUCAGAGCAGCUUUGGAUCUCUAGUGCCUGGUGACAAUACGUCGACUAACACCUGCAGAUGGAGCAGCCCGCUCCGGUGCUGUUCCUGGCUGUUUCUGCCACUGCU